AUGAAAACUAUUCUUGUCACUGGUGGAAGUGGUUUUUUAGGGCGUCGCUUAGUGUCACAUCUUUCAAAAAACUACACAGUAGUUGCCCCAACGCAUGGUGAGCUCGAUUUAACCGAUCGUGAAAAAAUAAUAUCCGAAGUUACAAAAAUUAAUCCGCAAAUUAUUAUUCACACUGCAGCAAUUUCCAACACUGGGCUUUGUGAACAAAAUCCAGAGUUGUCAGAAUCAAUAAACUUAAAUGGUACAAAAUAUCUUGCCGAGGCAGCUUCAAAAAUCAAUUCAAAACUUAUUUUCUGUAGUUCUGAUCAGAUUUACAAUGGAAACGCUGAAAAGGGACCACUUUCCGAAGAUAUUGACGUUCAUCCAGUAAAUGUUUAUGGAAAACACAAACUUGAAGCCGAAAGAAAGCUUCAAGAAAUAUUGCCAACCUCAGUAUCUUUGAGACUAACAUGGAUGUAUGAUCAUCCUUCUUCAAAAAUACCUCAACACAAGAACCUCCCAAUAAUGCUUCUUGAAGCUAAAGAGAAGAAUGUUCCAUUUGUAACAACUGUUAAUGAAUAUCGCGCAAUUACAUUUGUCGGAGAAGUUGUUGAAAAUAUUGAAAAAACUUUUGAAUUGCCUGGAGGUGUCUACAACUACGGAGCAUCAAAUACUUCGAAUAGUUAUGAGACAUAUAAAGAAAUCGCCAAAAUCAUGGAUGUCCCUGAAAAUUUAGUUGAAAACGAUACAAAUCGCUUCAAAGCUCAAGCUCGUAAUAUCAGCAUGAAUAUUCAGAAGAUUGAGAAGCAUGGAAUCCAUUUCUCCAAUACCGUUGAUGGUUUUAGCAAAAUGUAUAAAUCUUUUUCAAAUUCUGAAUAA